CUGUUCACGGCAUCUACAUUCUGUGGGAUUGGUGCUGGACGAAGAAGAAGAAGUUGCCAGCAUGGCGUUUACGUUGUACACUCUUCUCCAGACUGCUAUUCUAUGCACGAAUGCAAUCGCUGUGUUGCAUGAAGAAAGGUUUCUAAGCAAGUUUGGCUGGGGCGUUGACCAUGGGGUUGGAGGUUUUGGGGAUGAUCCAGGAAUCAAAGCCCAGAUUCUCACCCUCAUUCGCUCGGUCAGGACUGUCAUGAGAGUGCCUUUGAUAAUAGUGAAUUCGGCCUGCAUUGUCCUGUUGUUACUGUUCGGUUGACAGCGGGACGCCGAGGGCCGGCAUGAAAAAAAUGAAGCCAGAGGACUAGACGCAUGGCAAGGAAAAACCACAAACACACCCAGUAAUAUCCGUCAUUCAGAGAGUUCUGCCUUUGCCAGUCAUCAGCAGGGUGGAGAUGUCUGCCCAUGG